AUGGGGAACUUGGCAGUGAGUUACAUCGUGACGGGAAUCCUGGUUCUGCCGUUCUCUGCUCUCAUUCAGUUCGGCGGGGAAUGGAAGUUCGGCCAUGCACUGUGUCGGAUCUGGGUAUUCCUGGACAAACUGUGCUGCGGGGCGACGGUCUUGUCCCUGUGUGCGAUUUCAGUGGACCGAUAUAUUGGCGUGAGCCGACCUUUGGCGCACGGUCGGAUCAUGAGCCGAUCCCGGACGCAGUGGGCCAUCGCCUUUAUUUGGCUCAUCAGCCUGGCGAUGAGCCUGGGACUACUCGUGGGUUUGGAGGAGAAGCCGGCCAAGAUUAACUUCUGCUCUGUGACGAUCGACUCUCGGUAUAUUAUCAUCAGAGGCAUCGUGAAUAUCCUUAUUCCUUCCAUCGUUCUCCUCGUCUUGUAUUGGAAAGUGUAUCGGAAAGCCGUCUCAGCUUUGAGGCAGGGCCAGGACGAAUCGGAUUGUGAGUCCCUGAGGAUCAAUCGGGGCGAGACCAGCACGACAUCGGUAGGCCGAGGGUCAUCUGCCGACACUAACCAAUGUUUUGAAUCUGGUAUCGACCCAGCGGCUCAUCCCUUUACCAUCCACGAAACGAGGAUAAAUUCCGUGGCAUGCACUUUCAAGAACAAAUCUUUCGAUUUCAUGCAUUUUCAGCAUCGGCAAUGCAGCAAUUUUCGCAAAAAAAGUCGAAGGUGA